AUGCCGAACAUGCGCACCCCGGAUCCACCACCGAACGGUCCCGUGUCCCCGUUCGUCGACGCGUCGCCCGAGUUUGAGCGAAGAAACGAAUCACAAGAUUAUUUCGAAGACGAUGACAUUCGAGACGCGAUCGUCGGUAACUCGCCCGCGCGCGACGUCUUUCGCUCGCCGGUGAAGCGAUGGAGCGAUGUGCCGUCACCCUCGAGAUCGGACGUCGAGAUCGAGCGCAUGCGGUCGGAGGUGAGCGCGAACAGGGCGUACGUCGCGGAGCUCGAGCGAAGAGUCCAGAGCGCCGAGCGCGAGCGGGACGACGCGAGGGAGGCGGCGUCGGCGCGAGAGCGAGCGAUGAACGAAAGAGCGAAGAAGACGCAGGAGCAGAACGUGAAGAGAGAGCGGGAGUUCGCUGCGAGGGAGUUGGAUCUGGAGGCGAGGGAGCGAGAGGUCGCGCGGGCGGAGGCGGAGCGGGCGAGCGCAAAGCGAAGAGAGACGGCGGUGAGCGAUCGAGAGGAGCGGCUUCGGAUGGACAUGGACGAAUUGGACGCUCGAGACGAGCGGUUAACGGAGGGAAUACUCGAACUCGAGCGCGAGGGGGAAGCGUUGAGGAGGGAGGCGGCGGCUCUCGAGCGACGUAGGGCAGAUAUCGCGAACGAGCUCACGGAUCGAGAGGUAGACGUUAUCAAGCGAGAGGAGAGCGUGGCCGUGCGCGAGCGCGAGAUGAGAGUGGUUGAGGGACACUUGAACACUCUGAAGGAACGCGCGGUGGAUGAGGAGGCUCGAUUGACGCGCGCGAUCGAGCGAGCGGACGCGGCAGAAUCUCGAGAGGCGGACGUCGCUCGGCGCAUUCGUGAACUCGACGGCGACGAGCAGCGCGCUCGAGUGAGCAUCAGGGAAGCGCAGAGUGAUUUAGCGCGGUGCGUUGACGCAAAGACACACACGUUGCGAGAGACGGAGUCGUUGAAGAGGGAUGUAGAUGCUGCUCGAAACGCUGUGGAGACACUCGAAGCGGAAAAGGCUCGACUUUUCCGGAUCAUCGCCGACAUGCGGACGGAACUAGACGAUCGAGAGCGCCAGACCGUAGACGCGGCGGAGUUCGCGGCGAAUGAGUGUGAGUCUAUUGCGGCGGCGUGGGAUGAGGUGGAGAUCACGCGUCAAGCUUUGGAGCGUCAAGAGAAAAUGAUCGAGGAGACUGCGGCGCGGCUUGAGCACAACGUUCAGGCCUACGAGCGCGACUCGACGGCCUUUCGCGAGCGCGAGGAGCUGUAUGAACGCAAGGUUCGUGAUCUCGUUGAACAGGAAGACUUUUUGCGUAAAAUUGCGAGAGAAAACGAGGACCGCUCCCGAGACUUGGCGGCUAGGGAUACGGCGCUCGCCGAACGACUUCGUCGCCUGGAAUCUGGCGAGGCGGAAAUCACUGAGUGGAGGCCGAAGAUUGCGGCUUAUAUGGCGAAGGAGACCUUCAUACGGGAAAACAUCGAGGCGAUUGAAACUGCACAGACGCAGCUCGCCGAUCUGAGCGCGCGCGAGCGUGAUAUCGAGGCCAAGGAGGCGCAGCUCGAGGCGCGAGAGGAAGCCGUGGCGCAACAACUCAGCGCUGUGGCGGAAGCCGAAGUUAUACUGAGCGAAGAAAAAGCAAAGUUGGAGCUCAAAAUGCUAGAGGUGGCACCGAAAAUGACCGCCGUCGAGCUCGAGCGUGAGGUGACGACAUUGAGAGCUGAGUUGGAGCGCACGAAGGCAGCGGCGAACGCCGCAAUGGCGAAUGCGGACAUGGAGCGACGACGACGGGAAGAGAUGGCCGGCUCGAGCGGCGAAGACGCGCACGCCAGCGAGACGAAACGAAGUCGUGAGGCGAUAGAAAACGAAACCGCGGAGUUGCGUCGUGCAAACGAACUCCUGGACCUGCGCGAGUCCGAGCUCAUGUCGCGCGAGAACGCUCUGGCUGACGAGUUUGAUCGACUUGAGCGAGAGAUGGUUCGCUUCGAAGACCUUCGUCGAUGUGUGGAUGACCGAGCUCGGCAAAUGCAGUUUAGCGGUGGCAUGAGUUCUGUGGACGAAGACGUCGACGACUUCAUGACGAGCGAGCGUGCGGCAGUGAUGGAGAUUCGUGCAGAGGCGGAACAGUUGCGUCGAACGGCGCGCGAGCACCUUGAAGCGGCGAUGGAAGCCUCUCGAGCCGCGCACACGAUCAACGACGCGUGCGCCGCGAGUGAAAAGGAGGGCAUGGCGAUUGUUCGCAGGGUCUCCAACAUCGUCGCCUCCGCCCUGAGCGUCGCUCGCGCGAAGGGCGACGAGCUGCGCAAGGCGGCGUCUCAAGGCGUCGAUCGUAAGAUGGACAUGCUAGACGCCCAGCUCGAGUACGUCGCCAAAGCGAAGGCCGAUUUGGACAGACGAGAUGCAUCGCUCCGCGCUUCCUCGUUCGAGGCGAACUCGAGGCGUCGCGCGGAGACCGUGGAGAACGCUCAAGAGUUGUCCUCGCGCGCGCGAGCGUCGCAACUUCGUAAAGACGUGGACGUCGCGAGCGCGAAGCUGCGUGAGAGUCUGGCUCAAGGCGUGAGCGCGCUCGAGCGCGCCGCUGGGGUGUGUGCACCGGGCGCUCACCUCGCCUUGCGCGCGUCUCUCGAUUCGCUCCGCGCGCGCAGCGACCACCUCUCGCGUCCGCCCGUCGAAGACGACGCAGCCGCCCUCUCCAGCACCCUCGACGCCCUCGAGCGCGAGAUCCGAAGAGCGUCCACGUGGUUCGAGGAGCUCCGCGUCGCCGUUCGCGCGCGAUAG